AGAGAGAGAGAGAGAGAGAAAGUCGGGUCGACACAAGCUGACACAGAGAGAGCGUCGAAAAUCGACCUGAGAAAGUCAGAGCAACAAAUUAGCGACUGCAAGCAAGUAUUCAAUGCAUUUAUAUAACACACACAUGCACAGACUGAAAGACAUUUGAUGGAACCCCGUCUGCUGGUCCCAGGACAGAGAGCAGCCUGGUUUCUGCUCCAGGAGACCCCAUGAGAAGCAGGGUGGGCAGGGUACCCUGCACGCUUCAGCAUGGCUUCUGCCGACGAGGCUUCAGAAAAGCACUGCUGGGUGUGCUUUGCUACGGAGCGCGAGGACCGGGUCUCGGAGUGGGUGAGCCCUUGCCGGUGUAAAGGCUGCACCAAAUGGAUCCACCAGGCCUGUCUGCAGCGCUGGCUGGACGAGAAGCAGAAGGGCAACGGCGCCGGAGGGGUCAGCUGUCCGCAGUGCAGCACAGAGUACAGGAUCGUCUUCCCCAAACUGGGCCCCUUGGUGUACUUCCUCCAGCAAGUGGACCGAGCGCUGUCCAGAAUCAGUCCCUUCUCCGCGGCCGGAGUAGUUGUAGGCACGGUGUACUGGUCAGCUGUGACCUAUGGAGCGGUCACUGUAAUGCAGGUGGUGGGUCACAAGAAGGGUCUGGAUGUGAUGGAGCGGGCAGACCCCCUCUUCCUGCUCAUGGGGCUCCCCACCAUCCCCGUCAUGCUGGUCCUGGGCAAGAUGAUCCGCUGGGAGGACUACCUGCUGCGACUCUGGCAGAAGCACUCGGGCAAGCUGCAGCUGCUCAGCGGCAUCGUGCCAGGUAUAGGGCGCACUGUGCCGCGGGUCCCGGCUGAGGUGGGCGGCGGCUAUGCCAGUGACCACCUGUCCAUGUCUCGCACUCUGUGCGGCGCCCUGGUCUUCCCCUCCAUCGCCAGCCUGGUAGGGAGACUCCUUUUCCGAAGAGUGCCGUCCAGUCUGCAGCGCACCGUGCUGGGUGGGAUCGCCUUCAUCGCUAUCAAAGGAGCUCUCAAGGUUUAUUACAAACAGCAGCAGUACCUGAUCCAGGCAAACAGGCACAUCCUGAACUACUCCGAGAAAGAGGGGGGGGGCGCGGGAGGAGGAGGAGCUCGGAGAGAACGAGGAGAGCGGUACUGAAUAGCCAUGCUGCCCCCCCGCGCUGCCAGCUGCUGUCUGUGCCAAUAGAAACCGAGGCAAACAGACAAGAGUAUUUAUUAAACCCAAUGAUUUUUUGUUUGUUUGUUUGUUUUUUUUUAAACUGUUUGGCAUAGCUUUAACUUGAUCUGUGUUGCUGGGUGUGUCCGAAUCCCGGUCCAUGUGGUCUGAUUGUCUGUCUUUUCUGCAAGUCCCACUUUGAUUUUGUGUGUGUGUGUAAAAUAUAUAUAUAUACACACACACACUGCAGACCUGUAGACAGGUGUUGGACACACCACGUCCAGCAGUUACCUGUCUUCAAUGAUAGUCCGUGGUGAUGGGAGUUGGAUGUACUACCCACUCUAACCAUUAGGGGGAGCCAAGACACCAAGGGUCGCUGUUGUAUUGGGAGAGGGAUUGUCUGUGUGCAUUGCAAGGACUUGGUGCCCUCACAGCUACAGGGCCUGUGUCAGUUUUUCACAAGAUUUUUUUUUUCUUUUUUAACUUUUAAAGUUUUUAUUGCUUGCAUAGGACGUUGGCGAUCCAUGGACAUGUGGAAUUUGCAUUCGUAUAUCUACACUUAAUGGGAAGACCUCAAAAGCUCUAGGUGUCAGUGAAUGUAAUCUUUAUAUUGUUGUUCUUUAAAAGCACAUGUAUAUAUCUCUACUCUAUCUCUCUACAGGUGUCUGCUCUGAGCUCAGCAGACGCCUGGCCAGCAGAGUUCGUUGUAGCGCGAUGAAACGGUGCCUGCCGGUUUUGCCUCCCUGACCCAGGGGAGCGCCAGAGCCAAUGCGACGCUCCCUGGAAUCUUUUUUUUAAUAUGUAGAUUUUAGGUAAAGUGUGGACAGAGCCGGGAACAAAGCUGCAUUAACUUCUCCUGAAUUCAUUUUGCUCAAGUGAACGGUAUAUGUCUCACACUGUGGGGACUAGGAGAAUCAUGUAGAGAAAAUAUUGCUGUGAGCUUUUCUGAGCCCAGACUCUAAGGAUUUGAGAAUGCAAUACAGGACAGAACACCACACGCGAUGCCAAGGAGAGAAGGUGAUUUCAUGUUCUACCACCUUUUUUAUUGUAUUUUUUCGCUGUGGCUGAGUGCGUGCAGCACAGGUUCGUUUUAAACAAGUGACCGAGAGACAUUUCCAAUGCUAAAUGGGACUGUGCAAAAAAAAAUAAAGCUGGCACCAUUUUUGCCUGGACUGGAGAAAGCCCAUUUUAAUUGGUCUCUUGGAGACUGAGGAAGGUCUCUGACAUUCUUUAGAUUAAUUUACAGCAGCCAAGAGCCUUGUUGCUUUAGCUUGAGGUAAUUGGCCCAGUCCCUUGGUUUAAUGGUGUCAAGGGUGAGUUACAGUAAGGAAUAGAGGGGGCUGUGUUACAGUAGAGAGGGGUACAGAGUGAGAGUUGGGGGCUCCGAGGUUUUGAGUUUGUUUUCAGAGGCACAAAGGAAUGGAAAUCAGGAAGAGACACACUGAUAAAACAAAAGCACACAUUGAAGGACAAAGUCUUAUUUUGCAAAAAAAGAAAGUGAAGCGGCUGCAGUUGUGAAUCAUAAUGAGAAGUGAUUCACCACAGGGCGCUCUGGACUGCGCUGGCACACGGGAGACUCUGAACGAAGUCUCUGGGAGACGCAGGUGCGGCCCAGGCCCCUGCAGGUACGGGCAUUAAAAAGCAAUACAGCGUUCCCCGUCCCCACGUGCUGCUACUGUGUAAUUAACACGCCUGUCAUUCAUCCUUUCAUUCCUGACAACUUUUUACACGUAGAACUUCUUAAAGUCUCGUUCAAAGCUCUUUUCAGGACGUCGCCUGCGUUCUCAAACGGGUAAUGCAGCAAUAACGAUCCAUGGCGUGGUGCGCAACAGAAAGGCCAGAGCUCUUGUUAUGUUUUUAGAUAUUUGUAUAUAUA